AUCUGAGUCUGUUUCCGGAGGGAGCUCGGCUGCUGAGCACAAGCUUGGCGUUGCUGGAAGUUGACUCGGACGCGGUCUUUCCUACUGGAGUCUCAGCGGGGAAGACGCGGAGGCGCCGGCGAUGAGGCAGAAGCACUACCUCGAGGCUGCAGCGCGAAGCUUACAGGAUAGCUGCCCCGGCCAAGCCCGCUAUCUCCUCUGGGCCUACUCUUCGUCUCACGAUGAUAAGAGCACUUUUGAAGAAACAUGUCCAUAUUGUUUCCAGUUGUUGGUUCUGGAUAACUCUCGAGUACGCCUCAAACCCAAGGCCAAAUUGACACCCAGAAUACAGAAACUUCUUAAUCGAGAAGCUAGAAAUCAUACACUCAGUUUUAAAGAAGCAAAAAUUGUGAAAAAAUACAGAGACUCCAAAAAUGUAUUGUUGAUUACUUGUAAAACUUGUAACAGAGCGGUUAAACAUCAUGGUAAAAGUAGAAGCUUUCUGUCAUCAUUGAAGAACAUUCCUGUCACUCCUACAAGUAAACUCAGCCUGAAGAUACAAGAAAAAAAGACUCCAAGUUCCACAAAUUUACAUCAUGAUAUAUCUGGUUCCAAAGGCAAGAGCCCAGCAUUGAUUUUCAGAACACCUACAUCUGGCCAGUCAACACCCAUUUGCUCCUCAAAGAGUGGGAACAAAAGAAAGAAACACUUCUCUCAGCUAAAAAUGUUGCUUAGUCAGAGUGAAUCCCAAAAGAAUGUAAAGGUGGACUUCAGAAAUUUCUUAUCUUCACUGUGAAGGCUGGACUUUGAAAUUGAAAAUAAGAAAUGUCAGCCAGGCAUGGUGGCGCAUGCCGGUAAUCCCAGCACUCAAGAGGCUGAGGC